CUUGCUGCUCCAGGCUGUUCUCUGUUUGACGUCAGGCGCAGCUACAAGAGAAGAGAAACGCUUCCCAGAGUGGCAGACAGCCUCCCGCAGGAACUUUUCACAUCUGCGCUGGGCUGUGCAGGAGCUGCACAGCUUUGCAGCGGGUGGAGCUUAGUGACGUCACGCAGCAGCCCUCGAAUAAUGCGCAUCUGUGCAGAUCAGCGCUAUAAGAACACGACCGAGUCUCCACCCAGAAAAUAGUAGCGCGAAAAUUAGCAAAACAAAUCCGAGGGAGCAAAGAAGUGAAUAUUAGCCUUGUACGUGAAGACUGGAGUUCAGUUUGAUUAUCGUUCAACUGACUAUACAAGAUGUCCAAGAAGAAAGGUUUGAGCUUGGAGGAGAAGCGGACUCGCAUGAUGGAGAUAUUUUUUGAGACGAAAGAUGUGUUCCAGCUAAAAGAUAUUGAAAAGAUUGCCCCAAAGACUAAAGGAAUAACCCCCAUGUCUGUGAAGGAGGUCCUGCAGAGUCUAGUGGAUGACGGUAUGGUAGAUUCCGAGAGGGUAGGCACAUCCAAUUACUUCUGGGCUUUCCCAAGCAAAGCUCUUCAUGCAAGGAAGUGUAAACUUGAAGAAUUGAAAAAGCAGCAUGCAGAGGGAAGCCAGAGGAAAACAGUCCUGCAGCAGGGUAUUGAAAAGGCAAAAGUGGGUCGGCAAGAAACAGAAGAUAGGGCAGCCUUACUGAAGGAACUUCAGGUGCUGAGGGAACAACGGAACCAGCUGAGAGCAGAGGUGGAAAAAUACAGGGAAUGUGACCCAGAGGUGGUGGAAGAAAUUCGGCAGUCGAACAAAAUUGCAAAGGAUGCAGCCAACAGGUGGACAGAUAAUGUUUUUGCUAUCAAGGGGUGGGCCAAGAGAAAAUUUGGCUUUGAGGAAAGUCGAAUUGAUAAAACGUUUGGAAUACCAGAGGAUUUUGACUACAUUGAUUGAAGUUUUUGAUCAAUUUAGAAAAUGUGUUGUAUUUUUCUGUUUGUGAUAAAUAAAUAAAUGUAUUUAUUCAGCUGUUUGGGAAU